AUGCCGGCGAUGCUACCGAGAUUGGCUCUUUGUUCUCUCCUCACUGGAGUGGCGGCAGCAAUGGAUUUCAAACUGGCAAACUCGGCCGCCAACCCUCUCAGACUAUGGCAAACCUCUGCAGGAGUUACGUACAACGACUCGUUCCUCAUCGGCAACGGCCGUCUUGGCUUCUCGCUUCCCGGAACCGCCUUGACGGAAGCCAUCACGCUCAAUGAGGAUUCUUUCUGGUCGGGUGGGAAGAUGGACCGUGUCAACCCAGACGCCGCCGCCAACAUGCCCCAGAUUCAGCAGUUGAUUACCCAGGGCAGGAUCGAGGAGGCUGCAACGCUUGCUGGGAUGGCAUACAAGGGCCUACCCGACUCUGUCAGGCACUAUGACUGGCUCGGCCGACUAAAUCUUGCCAUGAAGGGGCCGGCAGGACAGGCGGGGAAUUAUGAACGAUGGCUGGACGUUGGUGAGGGCUUGGCUGGUGUUGAUUACACCGUCAAUGGUACCUCGUUCAGCCGGGAAUACUUGGCCAGCUUCCCGGACCAGGUCAUCGCCGUCAAGAUAAAGAGUAAUCAGAGCAAGUCGAUCUCGUUCACGCUGGGCCAGUCACGAGGCAGCGGUCUGAACAGAUUUCAGGACUAUACGACAGCACUGGAUGGCGACACGAUCCUUAUGGGCGGUGGCAGCAUGGGAGCUGAUGCGAUAGUCUUCUCGUCGGGGGCCAAGGUGACAGUAUCAGGGGGCUCCAUCAAGACGAUUGGUGAGACCAUCGUCGUGAGCGACGCUGAUUCGGCAAUUAUAUACUGGACUGCUUGGACCACCUAUCGCAAGGCCAAAGACCAGCUGCGCGAAUCGGUACUGGUGGAUCUUCGCACAGCUGCUUCGAAGGGGUAUGAAGCCAUUAGAGCCGAACAUGUCAAGGACUACCAGAACUUGGCUGGCCGGGUUGAGGUCAGCCUGGGAACGUCUGCCAGCGAGCAAAAGAGCAAGUCGACUGCAGAAAGGCUGCGCGGCAUGUCACAGUCCUUCGACCCAGAGAUGGCGACGCUGUACUUUUACUUUGCCCGCUAUCUUUUGAUUGCCAGUGGGAGACCGGGGACUCUGCCAGCAAACCUACAGGGCAUUUGGAACACAGAUAUUUCCCCACAAUGGGGCUCCAAGUAUACCAUCAACAUCAACCUGGAGAUGAAUUAUUGGCCGGCGCUGCUAACGAACAUGCCUGAGCUGCAUCAUUCCCUUCUGGACCAUCUCAAGAUCAUGCAUCAAAACGGCAAAGACGUCGCCCGCCGAAUGUACAACGCGUCGGGUUCCGUAUGCCACCACAACACGGACCUCUGGGGUGACUGCGCUCCGCAAGACAACUACGCCGCAUCGACGUUCUGGCCCACCGGCUUGGGCUGGCUUGUAACGCACGUCUAUGAGCACUACCUCUUUACCGGUGACGAGCAGGUUCUGAGAGAGUACUAUCCAGUGCUACGGGACUCUGCUCUUUUCUUCCUCGACUUCCUGACAGAAUAUCAGGGUCACCUCGUCACGAACCCAAGCGUCUCUCCUGAGAUCCAGUACUACCUGCCGAACAGCACAACAAGACAAGGGGUGGCCUUGACACUGGGCCCCACUUGCGACAAUUCCAUCGUCUGGGAGGUUUUUGGACUUGUGUUCCACGCAUCUGAGAUUCUGGGAGACGUUGAGGGAGAGGAACUCCAGGAUCGCCUCCGGUCAGCGCGUGCUCGCCUGCCACCGCUACGCAGGGACCAGUAUGGCGGCCUCGCCGAGUUCAUUCACGACUAUACGGAAGACGAGCCUGGGCAUCGGCACUUUUCACAGCUGUUUGGCCUCUUCCCAGGGAGCCAGAUAACAUCGUCCAGUAGCAUGCCGUUUGAGGCAGCCAAGCGCUCGCUGGCAAGGCGGCUGGACAACGGCGGCGGCGAUACUGGCUGGUCUCGUGCUUGGUCAAUUGCACUUGCCGCGAGACUGUUUGAUGCGGAUGGUGUCGCCAAAUCGUACAACCAUCUUUUGGUAAACCUCACAUACCCAAACUCUAUGCUUGAUAUCAACGCCCCGUCGGCGUUCCAGCUAGACGGGAACUAUGGAGGCGUGACCGUUGUCGAAGCUAUUGUCCAGAGCCACGAGUUGGUGAGGGCGGACGGGACUUCGGCAACACUAGGGGACGGUACAGAUGCGCACCAUCUGAUCAGGCUGUUGCCUGCUCUCCCGCAACAGUGGGCGGCGAAGGGAGGUGGUCACGCCAAGGGCCUGUUGACGAGGGGUGGGUUCCAGCUAGAUGUAUUCUGGGAUGACCAGGCGAGGCUGAGGAAUGCGACUUUGACUAGUCUCAAAGGCAACACUGUUUGGGUUACUUUGGGAGCCAUUCCACUCGGACAAGUCAACAGUACCUCUACCAAUAUCGAGGUAGAGGGUCAUGGAAACGGGAUGUUUGUCAAGUUGCCGUCCGAAAAAGACAAGAUGUACAUUGUCAAGAGGGCUCAGCAAUAA